UCCAUGGUACCAUGUCCACCGGACAACCAGACGUGCAACGAGGGGGAAGGCCCUCUAAGUCAGGUCGACUACGGUCUGCCUGCGAUACGUGCCAUCAAUCGAAGACUAAAUGCUCCGGUGGCCUUCCCUGCGUGACGUGUGCCAUGUCCCACGGACAAUGCACGUACAGUGUGGGAAACCGACUUGGCAGACCGAAGGGGAGCAAGAAUAAGCGGAUAUUGCUCCAGGAAAAUCACAUCAGCAAUCAGGCUGGGGCAGGGGAUGGAGAAAGAGUACCACGCCGACAGCGACAACAGCUACGGCAGCAACGAUCUAUGUCUCCCCGCUCGGAGAACAGCUACGAUAGAGCAUCGGCAGAGGAAAUGUUCGUGGACGAGCAUUCAGAGCAUCCGUUCGGCCCGGAGCUAUCCUCGCUUUUUAAUGCACUCGGUGCUGAAGAUUUAGGAAAUGCGCUCAUGGAUACGAGCGCAAAAGGCCUCGAUCCUACUAUUUUUUCACAGGACCAUAUUUCUCUUCCUCUACCUCUACACAAGACGUUCCCCUUUGACGAUGCUGUGAAUGCUUCCAAGGCGAAUUAUUGCAAUGGAACCCUUGAUGUCUCGUCUUCCAUUGACCCACCCAAUUAUGAACCCCCAUACACUGCCCCCCGAAUAGAUACUGAGACCGACCCGAGGACACAUGAUUAUUUUCCACCAGAACAACCGCCGUGUUCCUGUCUCCAGCAGCAUAUUCAACUAGUCUAUUGUCUCGAGGACCUCCAGUAUACCCACAACACCAGCCUAUCCAUUAGCAGUGUCCUCGAUAGUGUCCGACAAGCCCAAGGGCCCUGGACCAGCCUGAUGCACUGCCUCCAAUGCCAGAACCCCAAAGAACAAGAAGUCUUCCUUCUUUUCACCAUGAGUAUCCGGAUUCUACUCUACUCUGCGCAGAAUUUCUAUACCUGUCAUCAAGGCAGUCUUCACGAGUCACCAUCCCCUGCACGUCAAAGUUCCUCAUCAGCUGCCUCGUCCGUUCCCGUGUCCGUGGGUGGACACGAGCUCGUGGGCGAAGAGAAGAACCUUGUCAUUGGAUUGACGUUUCAGAAUGCACUCCAACGCAUAGGGUCUGCAUUGAUAUACCUCUGGCAGCGGACAGACGAAUGUAGACUAUUGUCGGGAGAUGAAAUGGAAACGAGAUCAAUACAGCUGCUGGAGUGCUUUAGUGGAAACAGCCUGUCGGCGAAUCUAGGGACCGAUGAAAUAAGGUUGUUGCUGAGGAAUCUCCAAGGCACAAUGCAGGCCAUGAAAGAUGUUCUGAGGAGAAAUAAUAGCAAGGAUAGUAGCUAAAACCAAUAGACAUACUGUGCAUACUGUUGCCUGU